AUGGCAUUUUCUCCUGAACAACUCUUCUUUUUCAAGCUUGUCGCCAUUUUGAUUCAUUUGAAGGAAGUUGUUCAAUCAUGGAAGAGGAAGUCAAACCAUUCAAAGACGUCACAGGACAUUGAUAGUGCUAAAGUUGUUGGAGAUACUAGCCCCACAAGAAAUGAAGUCAGGGAGGGAUUAUGUAAUGGUACAUGUGAAUCUUGCCAGGAAAGAAACCUUACAGGUCUAUUUGAAGCCUUUCCCAAAGAGAAAGUUAAUGAUGAUGAGUCAUUACUUGAGUUACCUGUUGAAGCCACUGCAGAUGGAAAACUUUAUGACUCAGUUCAAACCCCCUCAAAGAGCUUAGAUGAGAGAGUAGACAUGGCUGAGCGUCAGGUCUACUUGUUAAGAGAAAAGGUUUGUUUUGAGGUAAAGGCUGAAAUGAUUGAGAAAAACACCUUUGAUUUCUGUAUAGAAAGAACGAAACAUGUCCUUGAUGCCCUUGAGGAAGAUACUUCCAGAAUUGAUAAUAUUGUUGAGAUGGGUGAAGAAGACUUUCCUACAAAGAAGGUUAAUCUAUUGCGAAAGAAACUGGAUAUAGAGAGGAGCUGUGCCAAACAGUUAAAGGAGGAUAACCAUUUCUUAAACAAGGUGAAAUCUGAAGAUGAUUUUUCAAACUCUCAAUGUACUGACAGAGAGCUACAGGUGCCUAAAAAAUCUCUGUUAUCAUUGAGCUCUGAGGCAUCAUCCUUAAACUCAGUUUCUUCGAGUCCUUGUGAUGAAACAAGAGCUAUACCAGAGCACUCCUCAAGGUGGUCAUCAUCUGCAUUUGAGGAGAAAGCUAUUAAACUGAAAGAGAAUACCUAUCAAGAAGGAUAUGCCAGUGCUAUGCCUUUAUUUGAUAGUUCAACAAAGUUACAGGCUGAGUUUCAUGGAAAGUCGAGUAAUGAAGGUGGUUUAACGUCAAGGGAAGAUCAUGACACUGAAACUGUGGUUGUGGAACAUAGCAUUCAACAAAAAGACCAAGAGUUCAUACAAAUUGAUGAAUUACAAGAUGAAACUGCAUUCUAUCAGGAUCGUUGUUGUAGACAAGAGGAUAAAAUAACUCGGUUGAAAGAAAAUUUGUCUCAAAUUAAAGAAGAAAAACAAGGACUUGAAGCUGAGGUGGGAAGACAGCUAUUUCUUGAAGGCAAAAAUAAACGUUACAAUAGGAUUUAUCAGUCAGUUACUGAACAUGGUGGUGAGCAGGCUAUAUCUAAUACAGCCAGAGGUGCCUCAUUUGAUGUGGAUGGGGAAGAACUUCGUACAGCAGGUUGUUCUGAUGAUUCAGGUCAUCUUCUACAAUAUAUAACUGAAGAGAUAUCAGACCUACUAUCAAAAUCAGAGAUUGAGAGAAUUAAGAAUCUUGUUACACCAAUAGUGGAUCUCGACAGACUAGCCAGGAUUAGGAAAGGUUCUGAAUUAUUUAAGGAAUUGGAAUACAAAGGAGAAUUAUCAUGUUCUUAUGUUAAAUGUCUUUUGGAAAAAAUCCAUCGUUCUGACCUUGCUGAGAAACUUGUUGCUCCUUUUCACAACAGUGAUGAAUUAUUUAAAAGAGAGUUCUAUUCACCUCAAGAAAGAAAUCAGGGGUAUGAAGCAUCUGAAAGAACUUGUGUUGUAGAUAGUAGAACUUCAGAUGAAGUGGAAGAAAGUGGAGAAAUUUCUGAGAGUGCUGAUAUUGAUGAAGAGUUCCAUGUUGGCAACCCUUCUGGUGGAAACUUUUGUGACAGUGAUAGUAGCACGGGUUCCUCUUCUGAUCCAGGUAAUCCAGAUAGCUUGAGUUCUUUGGUAGAUAUUAAUUAUGCUGAUUCAUCAAGUGGAAGAUUUGGUUUGGCUUCAAGCUGUUCACAGUCUACAUCCAGCUCUGCUGUGUAUGUGGAAUCUUUGACUGAGGAUUCACACCGUGGUACACCAACAAUCAGCUUGAAUUCUGAUCAUCAUGGUUUGAAGGUGUGGGAAAACUCUGGUGAAAGUACAUUUGAUACCACAAGUGGUGGAGAUGAGAAGCAAGAAAGGUCUGUGUCUUUAUCACUGACGUAUGAAAGUUUUGAAAGUGGAGAAGUGAAAGAAUGGGGUGCUGCUAAAGUGGAAGGAGGAAAAAAAGACGGAAAUAGCUCCAGUAGCAUCUGUGAUGGUGCAGUAAAUGGAUCCUAUUUGGUUCAGCACUGUAAUACUGUGGAUGUUGUAGAUGGUCCUGGUUGUACUUCAAAUAGAACCCAAGAUAGUUUUAAGCUAAAAAAUGUAUCUGGUUUGAAUCAAGAUUCUCUUUCACCUGAAAGCAUGCCUCAGAAGCAAAAUGUAUCACAUGCAAUGAUCUCUGCUCAAAAAGGUGCAGUCCAUGUUCUGUCUGAUUCUUGUGCAAGCAAUCAGUUUAAUACAUGGGAGCAUAUAGGGGCUAGACCAAAGAAUGCAACUCAGAUGCAAAAUGUUUCAUAUACAAGGAUCACUCCUCAAAAAGACUCAGCUGUAGAUCAGGCUGAUUCUUAUUUGAGCAAUCAGUCACAUGAAUGGGAGCAUUUAGGGGCCAGACCAAGAGACAGAACCCCAAAAAAGGACAGUAUUUCAGAUUCUUCUUCACUUUUCUCUUCAUUGGUUGACCUGGUUCCCCAACAAGUUGGAGGACCUGUGGUCCAGGGAGUGGUCAACGCAUUCUUGGCAAGACACUCUGAAGACAAACAUCUUCAUGAAAGUCUGUAUUACAACAAUGCAGAGGAGAUGUUGGCUAAGGAUAUGGAUAGCAUGAUGAACAUGAUUGACCCCAACAAAGCAAAACCAUACCUUGGUGACUGCCAGGUUGCUACAAGGUCAGAUCCAUUUUCUCAACCAUAUUCUCCUGGUUUUCCCCUGACUAAUGAAGUAUAUACCAGAGCAAAUGGUGAAGAUGGCUUCCCUUUGAAUGACACUUUCAAUGGGAAUUAUUUACUUCCACCUGGACCCUCGUACAGCUGUAUUGCAGCUAAUACAAGCCAAAACAGCUAUUUGAACUCAUUCAAUCCUAACUUCUUGGGUGGAGACUUUGCAUAUGAUGCAAGAGAGCCUCAACUACUCCAAGAUGGGCAUUUUACAUCUUUGCAAAGGAGUGAUUUUCUACAAUCAGGGUUCACUGGUUCAGGGUUAACUUCUGCUUUUCCUGGAACUACAGGACCUCAAAUGACACAUUCUGUUAUUGGUACUCAGAGUAAUUUUGGCUUCACUGGAACAACAUCAAUUUUACCUCCAGAGCCAUUACAAAUACAAAGAUCAUCAACCACAAAUUUAGAAUUGCUGGCAUCUCAAAAUUAUGGUAACCAACCAAAUGCUUCAACAGAUUUUCCAACUUCAUCUCCAAUGGCAAGGGCUAAUGGGUCCGACAGCAAACUUUUAUCAGGGUUAGAAUCUGGUAGAAAUACUCAUUUGUCACCAGUCUCUUCAACUGGGGACAGGGUGAAUACAUCUGGACAAACGAACUCAAACAGCAUAUCAAACACAGUGGGUGAUUGUUUGGCGUCUGGAACCUUCAGGGAAGGAAACAGUGCAGAUGCUUCUUCAAGCUCUGGCUCAACAUUUGGUGCUAAUACAGGAGGAGAUCAUGAUCAAGGAUUUGGCCAGUCUGGAGGUUCAGUGUCAAAUGGAAACUAUGGCACUGAAUCAGUGGAGUCAACUGACAACUCCUUGCUUGAAUUGGAACAGCGUGUAGAAGAGGCAUGUGCUAUGGUGGAAAGAGUGCUUAGGGAAAGAGAAGAAAGAGAACAGUUUGGACGAGAAAUUGAAAGGAAAGAGCGUGAAAUACGAGCAGAAAGAGCACGGAAAAAAAGAGAAAGGGAGGCAAGGGAGCUAGAGGAAGCCAGAGGAUGGCCUCAACAGCAGGAACCAGUGACUGGACAGUCUUUGUGGCUUUGUGAACAUUAUCAACGUCAUUGUAGAGUACGAUUUCCUUGCUGUACCAACUUCUAUUCCUGCCAUCGUUGUCAUAACAACUCCAAAGAAUGUGACAAUGAGGAAGCUAAAGCAAGUCAUGCAACUCACCUUAAGUGCAGCUAUUGUCAUCAUGAACAAGAGAUUGCUGAAGACAGUGCGAAAUGUCGUAGCUGUGGAGCAAAAAUGUCUGCUUAUUUCUGUGGAAUCUGCAAGCAUUUCACCAGUAUAGACAAAAACCCUUAUCACUGUGAUAAAUGCGGGAUAUGUAGGAUACACAAAGACAAGUCAUUUCAUUGUGAUGUGUGUAAUGUAUGUCUUGACAAACGGCUUCAAGGGAAACACAAGUGCAGACCUGACUCUGGCCAUGAUGAAUGCUGCAUCUGUCUAGAGGAUGCAUUUAGUGGGUGUCAAAUUUUGCCUUGCUCACACAAAGUCCAUCGGGAAUGUGCAAUAGCUAUGAUACAGAAUGGGAUUCGCACCUGUCCAGUCUGUCGACAUCCUGUAUACAGCCCAGCUCCUGAAUGAAAAUAUCUGUUGAAGUACUGUCAAAGAAAAGUGGCUAGACAGAACAGCAUGACAAUUACAAAAUGCUUGAAAUUGAGCUCUGUAGUUAUGUUGAUUUUGAGAAUGAUUCUUUGAGGCAAAUCACAAGCAUAUAGUGGCAGAAUCCAGUUCCCACAAAAAGUAAUCAGAAAAAAAACAGCCUGGUGAACCCUAUCCAGUGAAAAAGCCAAUCCUUCCUUCCCAGUGUGGACACAAGUUUUACAGUCCAUUGCCCAACGGAAGAUUUGAUCGGCGAUGUGUGAUAAUUAUUUACUUCUAAGACAUGCCAUAUUGCUGUGCUUGAACUGAAAUAAGUCAAAGUGUGCACAAGUUUCCAUCAUGACGUGACUAGGAAUACUUUAUUAAUUCUUCAACUCCCAGAAGUAAUUGACCUCCAACUUCUUCCUACAAUAUCUAUACAUGAUCCAUCAAACAAGUACUGAGAAUACUGAAACUUACCAGGUAAAGUUUUGAUCUAGCACCAAAUUCUGUUAAGGAAAUUACAAGGAAAAUAAUUUUGUAGGGGAGAAUUAAUCAGAUCAUGGGAGUAAAUGUUGAGGAAUUGUUGAUUUGUUGUGGUAAUCAAUUAGAAGGCCAUAAAUUUACAAAGCUAUAGAUGUACAUUAAUGUUAGAAUACACAGGCUUCAGAAAUUCAGAUUUUUAAGCUAGUAGGCCAAACGUCUACAUUAGUGUGUUUGGCUAGUUAGCAUUAUUUAGAUAAGCAAAAAAACAACAAAAAAUGACAUUUAUUGCAUGAUAUCGUUUGUGUUUGUUGUUUUUUGAAAUUUUACAGAAAGGGAUCUUUUAUUCCCAGCUAUAAUUAAAUUGUAUAUGUAUUUAUUUGAAUAUUUAUAUUUAUUCAAAUGAAGUUGAAAGUGAUUUAAAUCAAGUUGUUGUGGUAUUUCUAAGGUUAUUUGAUGAAUUUUGGCUUUAUCUUGAGUGUAUGUAUUUCUAAACUUCAACUUUAAGUAACUUGAAUCAAUUUAUUAAAAAUUGAUACAAGGUUCCUUCACACUAUACUUAUUUUCGUAAUAAAUGGUUCGCUUGCCAUUGUCAUCCAAAUGUAAUUUGUUCA